AUGCCUCCGGCCGGAGGUCCCCGCGCGCCGCGCCCCGCCGCGCCGCCCCGCAGCCUGUCCCGCCUGCGCGAGUGCCCGGGCCGUUCCCGCAUCGUGCUGGUGCUCGGGGCCACGCAGAUGGCGCUCGGAUGUCUCAUCGUGGCUGUGAGCUUCGCCGCGCUGGCGCUCACCACCUCGGCCCGCGUCCGCCACUCCUGCCCCUUCUGGGCCGGCUUCUCGGUGCUGCUCUCGGGGCUCAUUGGUGUUGUCUCCUGGAAGAGGCCUCUCUCCCUUGUGAUCACCUUUUUCAUGCUGCUCUCUGCUGUGUGCGUGAUGCUGAAUCUGGCUGGCUCCAUCCUCUCCUGUCAGAACGCCCAGCUGGUGGACUCCCUGGCAGGCUGCCAGUUGAUUAAGUUUGACAGCGUGGAGGUGUGCGUCUGCUGUGAGCUGCAGCACCAGUCGUCCGGCUGCAGCAAUCUCGGGGAGACGCUGAAGCUGAACCCACUGCAGGAGAACUGCAACGCCGUGAGGCUGACCUUGAAGGAUCUGCUCUUCAGUGUGUGUGCCCUCAAUGUCCUCUCCACCAUCGUGUGUGCGUUGGCCACGGCCAUGUGCUGUAUGCAGAUGGUAUCUCUGGAUGUCCUGCAGAUGUUCCUUCCUCAGAGGCCGCACUCCGCCCACCCUGCCUGCCUGACUCCCCAUGGCACGGUCCUCCACCAGACCCUGGAUUUCGAUGAGUUCAUUCCCCCGCUCCCACCUCCGCCCUACUACCCACCUGAGUACACCUGUACACCCUCGGCCGAGGCCCAGAGAGGCCUCCACCUGGACUUUGCCCCCUCGGCGUUCAGCACCCUGUACGACGUGGCCAUCAACAGCCCCGGCCUGCUGUACCCCGCUGAGCUCCCCCCACCCUACGAGGCUGUGGUGGGCCCCAGCCCUGCCAGCCAGGUGUCGAGCCUCGAUCACCACGUGGCUGGGGCUAGUUCCGGGGAGUCCAGCGUCACUGCCGGCUUCAGCACGCCAGGGGAUGCCUCUUCACACACACCCUCGUGCAGCCAGGACCUUGAAGCAGGACUGUCUCGGGCUGCUCCGGGGACUGCCCCCCGCCAGCGACAACAGUCACCCCUUGGGGACUCCAGCACCUGCCAUGCUGGCCUGCAGCUGAAGCCAGGGGCCUUAGAGACGGUCUCCAAGGAGCGGCCAUACUGCUUAGCAGACAGCAAGUCCUACGCAGAUACCAGUAAGGUCUUGGUGGCGAAGUUUCUGGAACAUUCUCACUGUGCCCUUCCCCCCGAGGUGCGGCACGUGGUGGGCACCCUCCGCGUGGCGGUCACCUCCGAGGAGCGCCCUGUGGAGGAAGCCAUUGUUAAUGCUGGUGUCCUGGAGCAGCCAUGA